CAUCCACAUGCAAGGGACGCAAAUUUAUUCGUCUGGGUCCUACGGGGCCAAAAGAACAACUUUCUAUAUAUUGCUGCGUGCAAUGGAUUCUACGGCUUUGUUUUGAUGCAGUGCAGAACUUUGGAAACUUGAAAUGCCUGGAGGCCAGUACCAGGUGGCAAUCACCAAGCGGCACCACAGCCGCUACAGCCUGACGGACGAAUCCGAAGCCGGCCCGGACGACGAGAAGGCCGACGGCCCGCCGCGCCUCACCCCCCUGCAGAAGCUCACCACCGACAAGGACGCGAAGACCAUCAAGGACCUGAUCAUAGGCCGCAGGGUGGGCUUCUACAAGGUCCGCGGGGAGAUUGGCUGUGGGACCUUCUCCAGGGUCAAACUGGCUUUCCACGCUCUGACUAAAGACAAAGUAGCCCUGAAGAUCCUGGACAAGACCAGGUUGGACGGCCAGGCCCAGCGUCUGCUCUCCAAGGAGAUCAGCAGCAUGGAGUGCCUGCAGCACCCGAACGUGGUCUGUCUGUACGAGGUGGUGGAGACGCCAAGCCGCCUCUACCUGGUGCUGGAGUACGCAGGCGGAGGAGACCUCCACAACAGGAUCUACACCGAGGGAAAGAUGUCUGACAACGCCGGCAAGAUCACGUUCGCCCAGAUCCUGGCUGCCAUCACAUAUAUGCACAACAUCAACAUCAUUCACCGGGACCUGAAGGCGGAGAACGUUCUGUUCACCAGCAGCGGCUGCAUAAAGGUGGCGGACUUUGGAUUCAGCACGCAGGUUUCAAACUGCAACGUGGCCCUCGACACCUUCUGCGGCUCGCCGCCCUACGCCGCCCCAGAGCUCUUUAGGGACGAGUGCUACCUGGGGCCCCCAGUGGACGUGUGGGCCAUGGGGGUCCUCCUUUUCUUCAUGGUGACCGGCUCUAUGCCGUUCCGUGCUGAGACCAUGGGGAAGCUGCGGCGCUGCGUCAUCGAAUGCGCGUACACCGUCCCUCCAUGGGUGCCCGGUCCCUGCCAGAGGCUCAUCAAGGGCAUCUUGAAGAAGGCCCCCGCUCAGCGCUACGCCGUCGACCAGAUGCUGGGCUGCGAUUGGCUCUUACCCGUGCAGUUUCUCUGGCCUCCUGAACCAACGAGCCUGGACUCGGAGCGUGGGGACCUGGCGGAGGAGGUGGAGGAGGAGGUCAGGGGCUUGCUGGAGGAGCUCGGCUUUUCCACGGAGCACCUGCAGAACAAUCAGCUCAAAAACAGCCGCAGCCCCGUGACCGGGGUUUAUCGCAUCCUGCUGCACCGAGCCCAGAAGAGGAGGGGUUGCGACAGCCCCCCAGUGGUCCGAGGGAUGGUGAGGGACCCCAAGAGGGAGGGGCUCCGGGCCUACAGGGGCCUCAGACACACCUCCAAAUUUUGCGUGCUUUCAUAAAAGACUGGUCGAGACACUGCAGCAGAGUUUUUAUAAAGGCUUUUUUAUACAAACAUGACAUUUGUAGCCAUAGUGUUUUUUAAAUUUUAUAUUUUAUAUUGUUUGUGGGGAAGUGACUUGUUUUUUUUUACUAACGCUUACUUUAAAAUAUGUUUAAUUUCCUCCAGUGCAACUUUUUUGAAUGACCUAAGAUAUAUAUCAAAGUGCCUGAUGAAGUUUAACAAAAGUCAAAGUUUUAAAGAGUCAUUUUUUACUUCAAAAAUUAUUUAAUUUUAAUGAUUUUAGAGGCCUGCAGAGAUUAAAAUAUCCAGAAUUAUUAAGAAGAAAAAGGUUAGAGAUAAGUGAAAUAAAUAAAUGUCACUUUAUUUUUUUUCCUUUUGGACCCUUUUGGACCCAGAUUUGAAGAGCCAAACAACC